AUGGCCGGCUGGAGGAAGGCGUGGCUGUCCGUGCUGGACCGGAGCGGCGGCGGCGGCGGGGGCAGCAGCGGCUCCCUCCAGGCGCACCUCAACGGGCUCCUCUCCCCGUCAUCCUCCUCCUCCUCCCUCGCCACCGGCUACAAACGAGGCAGCGGCGCCGGCGGUAAGCACGGCGGCGGGCCGUACUUGAGCACCAAGGCCGUGCUGGCCUGCUUCUCCGUCGUCCUGGUGAUCGCCUUCUUCUACGUCUCCAUCACCGGUCGCCCCUCCCCCGACGACUCCUUCCCCACCCCGACGGGCUCCUCGGCGGCGUCCGGCGCGCUGCUGUCGUCGAACUCGUCCACGCCGACGUCGUCGGCGAAGCCGCUUCCUCUCCACCCUCCCGUUCAUCCCAACGUAAGUAGCACUGACACUGCUCAACCGAGCAGCGGAUCGGACGUGGACCCCGUCGGCAACGGUACGAAAGCGCAAGAGGUAACCGCGAUGCCGACGCCGCCGUGGCGGGGAGCGCGUGCAGAGAAUUCCACCGGAGAACCCAUCAUCGGAGAUCCGGACGAGCCCGCGGACUCCGACGGCGCCACCGGGAACUCUACCGACACGGUUGUGCGUUCGAGUAAGGAAGAUCGAAACGCGAACGCCAGCGUCGACAAUGUACUGCCGACCUCAACGCGGCGAGCAGCGCUUCCAUCUACGCGGCCAAACCAGCGAAAGGAGGACAGACGCAGGCGCAAGAGAGCGUCCAUGGCGAGGCACAACCAGCGCUCGACCAGGCGACGGAAGGAGUUCGUCCACCCGGUGCAGGAAGGAGCUGCCGCCGGCCACAGCGAUGGCACCGGCACCGGCACCGGCACGGCAGGCGCUAACACCAGCGUUGCCGUCGGGCCAAGCAACCAGAGGGUGGUGCGGACGUCUUCCGCCGACCACAGCGACGGCGCCGGCACUGGCACCGUCACGGCAGGCGCGAACACCAGCGUUGCCGUCGGGCCAGGCAACCACCAGGCGGUGUGGACGUCUUCCGCCGACCACAGCGACGGCGCCGGCACGGCAGCCGCGAACACCAGCGCGUCCGUCGGGCAAGGCAGCCACCAGGCGUUGUGGACGUCGUCCCCCGACCACAGCGACGGCGUCGGCACCGGCACCGUCACGGCAGCCGCGAACACCAGCGUGGCCGUCGGGCCCGGCAACCACCGGGUGGUGUGGACGUCGGGCGUGCAGGACCUGGUCACCUUCGCCAAGUGCGAUCUAUUCAGCGGGAGGUGGGUGAGGGAGGAGAACUACGCGUUCUACCCGCCGCGGUCGUGCCCCCACAUCGACGGCGACUUCAACUGCCACAAGAACGGCCGUCAGGACACCGGCUUCCUCAACUGGAGAUGGCAGCCGACCGGCUGCAACAUUCCCAGGAUGAACGUGACUGAUUUCCUGGAGAGGCUGCGAGGCCAGAGGAUCAUAUUCGUCGGCGACUCGCUGAACCGCAACAUGUGGGAGUCUCUGGUCUGCAUUCUGCGCCAUGGCGUCAGGAACAAGAAGAACGUGUACGAGAGGUCGGGGAAGAACCAGUUCAAAACCAGAGGAUACUACUCCUUCAAGUUCAGGGACUACAAUUGCUCUGUCGAUUUCAUAAGAUCGACAUUUCUGGUGAAGGAGACGGUGCGGGAGAGCCCAAACGGCACCGUGCUCGACGAGAAACUGAGGUUGGACGAGCUAGACGCGACAACUCCGGCGUACCAGACCGCCGACAUCGUCGUCAUCAACACGGGGCACUGGUGGACUCACCCAAAGACAUCAAAAGGGCUGAACUACUACCAAGAAGGCAACCAUGUGCACCACAGCCUUGAGGUGAUGGACGCGUACAGGAAAGCACUGACCACAUGGGCGAAAUGGGUCGACAAGAACAUCGACCCAGCAAGAACCCAGGUCGUCUUCAGAGGAUUCUCCCUAACACACUUCAGGGGAGGGCGGUGGAACUCGGGAGGGAGGUGCCACAGGGAGACCGAGCCGAUAUUGAACCAGACGUACCUCACAGAGUACCCCGAGAGGAUGAGGAUACUGGAGAAGGUGAUGAGCCGGAUGAAGACCCCUGUGAUAUACCUCAACAUCAGCCGGCUCACCGACUACCGGAAGGACGGCCAUCCGUCGGUGUACCGGGUGCGGUACGCCACGGAGGAGGAGCGGAUGGCGGCGGCGGCGACCAAGCAGGACUGCAGCCACUGGUGCCUGCCGGGCGUGCCGGACACGUGGAACGAGCUGCUGUAUGCCUCGCUGCUGCAGGCAGGCAAAGGCUCCUGGAGACUAUGAUAGGGGUGGUUACAUGGAUUUUGGUUCUCCUUUUUAGCUUUGCGAGGGGUAGAUGGAAUUUAUAUUUACGGGUAGUUGACGAAGUUCAGUUCUGUCAUUAGAGGUGGAUGAACUGGCAGGAAAUCUUGCAUUCAGUUAGUUAGACCUGGGUAGGGCAUGUACGUACAACAGUUUAGACAACACCAUCGAUAAUGUCCUGAUAUGUCAUCUAUA